GAUCAUCCACACUACAUCAUCGUAAAAGUUGUCGGCAAGCUUGCAGCUCCCCAAACCGUGGACUGGAUUUAACACAAAGAUUUGGAACACGAUCACAAUGGGUCUCGAAACUCCUUCAUAUGUCCUGGCGGCUUUGACGGCCUCAGGAGGCAUAUUUGGAUAUGCGCGAACUCGAUCGCUGCCCUCGAUCAUUGCGGGAUGUUCCGUUGGACUGCUCUAUGCGCUGGGCGGGUAUCGCAUGCAGAACAGCGAGCCUUAUGGCGUCGAGUUGAGCCUGCUGGCCUCCGUUAUGCUGGGAGGGUCAUCCAUUCCACGGGCCAUUAGACUCCGGAAGACGGUACCCAUGAUCUUGUCCGUCUUGGCGACCUUUGGAAUGGUGCUUUUCGGGAACGGCGUGUAUCAACGUAGCCUCUGAAGUCAUCAGUCUGUCGACCGGGUUCCGUAUAAACCAGGGCCGCACGCCAGAUCAUGAAGUAGAGAUUUCCGUCGAUACCAAUUCACGCUCUUUCCAAGAGAUCAUACCAUGUGCUAUCAUCCUUGAGGCUUUGGAACCGUUCAUGAAGCUCUCGCAACCUAGGAUCAGGAACACUCCUGUCCUAAGGGAGCCGCUUGCCCGUAGUAGGGUUGCCAGCACUGCACCCCCUCUUGCAAUGUGUCAAAGAAUGUUCCGGUUUCGCAUAUCGUGGGUUUGAAGUCGUAGGUAGUGAUUCGUGGGCUUGGGGCGGCGUCACAUUAAGAGUU